CUUGAAGAGAGAAUUUUCAAGCUAAGUUUAGACCAUCAAUAACAACAAUGGAGCUGAAUCCAUCAUCCUUUUGGGCAUUACUUCUCUUCGUCGCUUGGGCAGCCAGCUUGAAUGGAGUUGUGGUACGUACUCUCGGUUUGAGUCCAUGCCAAUCGACGAUAGUAGUGCCCCCCCUUGCAACUCUCGUGUUUGCUACAAACUUUGAGUACCUUGAAGGCGAGAUGUAUUUCCAUGGCGCCCUUGGGAAAGGAUUUGACUCCUUGUAUCCAAAUUUGACAUUUGAAGGUCCACCUCCCAUUGGUGCUCAAAUAGCCAAUCUAGAGCCUCCCGUCCGUCAGAUCAUCGAGGAAUUUGGAUAUGAAGAAGUUGGACAACUAAGGAAGAUUCUCGAGGCAACGGGUGGAGUAGGGGUUAGCAGGCCAUUGUUGAAUCUAAGCAAAGAAGCAUUUGCAGAGAUAUUUGAUAAAGCAGUUGGGUUCAAGCUGGUUCCUCCAUUUGACCCAUACGCCAACACCACCAACUUUUUGCUUGCCAUUGCCAUAUUCCCUUACAUAGGACAAGUCGCCCUUGUUGAUGCAGCCCCAGCGUUCCCCACUCUUAACUAUCGUYGGACGGCGGCGGCGGUGUUGGCUUUGGAGGCGGGACAGAGCUCCGUUAUACGAACGUUGUUGUACCUUAGGGCAAAUGAGACGGUGUUUCCUUAUAAUUUAACCGUGGCCGAGUUCACGAACCGGACAGCGGCUCUGGCGAACCGGCUGGGGAGAUGCGGGCUGAAGGACGAAGGAGUGGUGGUGCCGCCGUCGCUGGGGGCGGAGAAUCGGACGGAGACCAACGUUCUGGCCGGCGAUGAUAAGUCUCUAUCGUACAGCCGGACGGUGCCGGAGAUCUUGGGGAUACUGUACGGCACCGGCGACGAAAGAAAGCCCGGCGGCGUUUUCCCCAAAUGUGCUAACGGCCUCAUUCCAAGAUUACUUGGAUGCAAUGCAAAUAAUUAACGCCCAAAUGUGAUAGCCAGGGAAUAAAUAAUUAAUAAUACUCAGUAUUCGCACCCAGCACUGAGAGCCCGAGCUGGGUCCUGGAUGGAGCUCGAGCACGUUGUCACGGCUCCAUGGCAGAAUGCAUGAUGGAUGAAAUUGAAUACGAAAUGAACUCUGAGAUCAAUAGACGUAUAUUGGCAACUUCAAACUACAUAAGCUACGAAGCGCUCAAGGCCAACACGGUGCCAUGCUCGCGCAGGGGAGCUUCUUACUACAAUUGCCAGCCAGGUGCCGAGGCGAACCCCUACGACCGUGGCUGCAGUGCUAUUACUCGUUGCCGAAGCUAGCGAUUUGUGUUUCUAAUUUGAUGCAGUCAUCAUAGAGUAUAAUAAUCACUAUAUUAUCAUGUCAUUUUGAAAUAAGAAAUCGUGCAGAAAUAGCAAGUCCAGGUCUAGAACAUGUUGCACUUUUCA